UGCGGCUCAACUUGUGCCCCGCCGCCUCCGCUUCCUUCGCCACCUCGCUCUAAAGGCAAACACCGACCUCUCUGUCCAAACCUACGCUCGCUCCUCGUUCCAAGGCUUUAGGGUUUGGGUUCGGUUGGUUGCGCGAUCUGGUUGAUCUGGUCCUUCGGUCGGGGCGGCGGGAGCGCAUGGCCGACCCACCGGCGAGCCCCUCCGGCGACGGCGGCAUCAGGGAGGAGCGGGACGUCUUCGUGCCCGUCGCCGAUAUCAGCCGCAUCGUGGGGAAGAUCAUCCUGCCAAACGGGAAGGUCGACGAGGAGGCCGUGCGGGAGCUGGUCUCCGACUUCAGCACCCGCCGGGCGAGCUGCGAGAGCGACAGAUGCAAGAGGGCGAAGCGGGAGGCCAUGACGGCCGAUGACCUGCUGUCCGAGAUGGCGAAGCAGGGGUUUCAGGACCACAUCGAACCCCUCAAGGCCUGGCUGCACAAGUACAGAUUGGAGUUACCUUGCACAAUGGAGGCGGAGCCAAACCCCUUGCCCGUGUCUGAUGAUGUCAGGGAUUGGUCUGAGCUCCCACUCGAUGUGCUUUCUGCAAUCUUCAUGAAACUUGGGACCAUUGAGAUUCUUAUGGGUGCGGGACUUGUGUGCCGCUCAUGGCUGGUGACAGCCAAGUCCCCUGAGUUGUGGCGUUUUGUGGACAUGACGCGACACAAGCUGGUUUUCUCAAAGGCAGAAAAUGUCUUGUGCAAAAUGGCAAAGGUGGCUAUAGAUCGCUCUGAUGGACAGAUGGAAUCUUUCUGGGCUCAAAAGUUUGUCACUAGCGAACUCCUGAAUUACAUUGCAAGCAGAUGCAACUCAUUGAAGAGCAUUCGGCUCAUCGGUGCCUAUUACUUUUGGGAUAAUGGGAACGUAGUAAUUAAGCUUGCAGCUAAAUGCCCAAUGCUAGAAGAGUUAGAGUACUCUGAUCAGAAGCAGCCAUGGUCCUUUUUCACGGGGAUCGGCGCAGCACGCCCAGAGCUGAAACGUCUAAGAGUCCAUUUGCCUUGGUUCGACUCAGAUUCAAUAUUGCGUGAGAUGAGGAUGGAACAAUGGAGCGGCGAUGACGAAGACGAGGAGGAGGAGGAGGAGGAGGAGGAGUCUGAUGAGGCCUGGGAGGCGAGACACAACGAGGAGGCCUUCGCCAUAGCAGAGAGCUUGCAUGAGUUGCGGCUCCUUCAGAUGGCAGGCUACGGCCUGACCAACAAAGGGGUAUACGCCAUCCUUGAAGGCUGCCCCCACCUCGAGUUCCUCGACCUCAGAGAAUGCCUCCACAUCGAAGUCAACGCUGAACUCCGAGCUCGCUGUGCCAAUAUCAGGCAUGUCCGGCUGCCAGGAGGGGGGCCCUAUGUUCGGUGCCCAGAACUCCAGACCAUCGAGGCGGAUGGGGGUGAAGUGAUCGAGAUGGAUGAUCUCUAUGAAAUGGAGAUUCGCUCUCAGCGCAACGAGCUAGCGAUGGACAAUACGGCGGACAAUGAUGACUACUACGGCGAGAACUGCUGCUGGGAUGACUACUCGCUCCCCUCGUCCCCUGACUCGCCUGCCUUGCCGAUGUACUCAAUGGAUGAUCCCACAUACUACUGGGAGCUGUAAACAGAUGCAGAUGUGCCAUGUUCAGUAGUCCAUUCUGUCUUGCCGACCUACCCCAUGGAUGAUCCCAGAUACUACUGGGAGCUUUAACAGAUGCAACUGUGCCCAGUAGUCCAAGUCACUGUCGUGAUGUUUUGGAUUUUGAAUAUUUUCUGCGUAUCUCUGCAGGGAGGCUUUUGAUGUAGAAACAAGCCAAUGGUGCUUUUGAACCAUCCGCCUCUAGUGUCCGUUUUACUAGCUUGUGUAGUAUUUGAACUGUACGGACUGCUUGUUGUGAGUGGCUAUAUAGUACUGUAGGUAACAUCCACGACUUGAUGCGUAUGCAUGCAACUAAGCAAUGGUAGUUUGUUACUC